GCAGGGCGGCGCAGCCGCUCCACCCGUCGGGGCGGGCUCGGGCAGGCCAGGUGAGGCGGGCCCGGCUCUGCCUUUACCUCCUUCCGCAGCCUCCCGGCUGCCCGGCGCUGCGGGUGACGGCAGCAUGGCGGAGUCCCAGGUGCUCCUGCUGGACGAGUCGCACGUCAACGAGAAGGUGACGGAGGCCCAGGCCCGCUUCUACUACAGCGAGGAGCAGCGCCGAGCCCUGGAGGCGCUGGUGACCCGGGGCGAGGGGGCCUAUCGGGAGGCGCUGAGGAAGGAGCAGCUUCGCGACUUUCUCUCCAGCCGGGAGCUGCAGGCCCUGCGGGGCGGCUGGCGGGGAUACGACGACCCCCGGGAGGGCGGCAAGGUAGCGCGGGGGCCCGGCGGCGAGACCCUCUCGCUGGCCUACUGGCCCGAGUGCUCAGACACAGAGGUGCCCCCGUUGGACUUGGGCUGGACCGACAAGACCUUCUAUCGGGGCAUCAGCCGAGUGGCCCUCUUCACGCACCCCCGCAAGGAGGAGGGCGCGCCCCACCUGAAGGAGGUGGUGCGGGAGAUGAUCCAGCAGGCACAGAAGAUUAUUGCAGUGGUCAUGGAUGUAUUUACAGAUCGGGACAUCUUCCGUGAUAUUGUUGAUGCAGCAUAUAAGCGCUGGAUCCCAGUCUACAUAAUCCUAGAUGAGGAGGGUGUGAAGCUCUUCCUGGAAAUGUGCAGAUGCCUUGACCUCAGUGAUUUGCAGAUCCGGAACAUCCGCAUACGUUCUGUGACAGGAGUUGGGUUCUACAUGCCAGCAGGGAAGAUCAGAGGCACAUUGGCAUCCCGAUUCCUGAUGGUGGAUGGUGAAAAGGUGGCCACUGGGUCAUACAGCUUCACAUGGAGUUCAUCCCACAUCGACAGAAACAUCCUGCUAGUCUUGACAGGACAGCACGUGGAGAUGUUUGACAUUGAGUUUCGUGAGCUCUAUGCCAUCUCAGAGGAAGUUAAUUUCUACAAGGAACUAGGUAUUGCUAACCCAUCCCUUCUUGUAACUGGGAAGCCAGGCCUUCAUUCCUCCACUGUGGCUCGGAAGUUCAUUAACCCCAAGUAUGGUUUAGUGGCAGGGGCAACCCGUGGUGAUAUGAUGCUCUGGGCUUCACGACACAGGCAGGAUAAUCAGGGGGACAUAGAAAAGGAGGAAACAAGUGAGUCAAAGAAACGGUUAAAUCAGUUUCUGAAUGAUUUAGUCACAUUGGAGCAAGAGUUCCCAGAAAUUGAUCCACCACUGGAGAACGUGAACAAGCUGAAUCGGAGCCCUCAGAAACUGUUCUCCCGGCUCCACAUGGACCUGAAAAAUAAAUCCAAAUCCAGAGAGUCUAUUCAUGACGUGAAGAAAGAAAAUGCACAGGCCAAUUCAAAGCAAGGAAAACGUUUUGCCAGUGGGCUUUUCAGUCGCAAGGCCAAACGGUCUCCAGGCUCAAGCAUUGAGGCUAAUUCUUUUGCCAGUGAAGGACAUUCAGGAGAAGACCUUGGGAACAUGAAACUGGAAUAUGAGCGACUCAGCAUUGGUCAUGGAAGUGUUCGGAGCACUGGAGGCAUCUCAGGUAACCUAAGUCCAAACUCCACUACAAGCGAUAAAACCAAACAAUCUACCUGUGUGUUAUCUUGAUUGGGAAGGAUUGUCUGGAGAACUGAAGACUAAACAAGCUGGAACAGUAACCUCUUGACUGAUUUUGAACCUACAGCUAUGUCCUUACACAGUGGUCUGAAAAGCCACUGUCUGGUCCUGGAUGCACCUGGCACCCCCACUUAAAGCACAUUUGCUGCGUAAAGCAUAGACUUUGGAUGGUUGGUCCCUUAAAUGAGGGUUAGAUGAAUGUAUUAGUCCUUAUGUCUGUGUGCACACAUUUUUAUAUAUAAAAACGACUGUGAUGACUGGUCUCAGAGCUCGCUCUGUGUCCAGAUAAAUGCAGAUUUUCUGACUUACUUGUGCUGCUACUUCAGUCUGUCUAGCUACAGACUCAGAAUCACUGUGUUGCAUUGUUUACUCUGCUGCACUGCAGAAAUGUAGUGGUCUGACUGGCUGGAAGGCUAAAUCCAAUUGAAGUGGCAAAUUCUGGGUGAAAUAAGGAUGUUUACAGACAGUGUAGCAAUCCUUUGUCCACAAGGAGUCUUUUUGUAGAUUCCUGUUAUCACU